AUGGAGGGCAAGCUGAGGCAGGUGGAGGAGCGCCUGCCCAUGGGCUCGGCCAAGGUCAAGGCGGUCUUCGGCAGCGGCAAGAAGCGCGUGGCGGGCUGCGAGGUCCUGGAGGGCAAGCUGGUCAAGGGCUGCCAGGUGGAGGUCAAGCGCGGCAAGGAGGUGGUGCACAAGGGCACACUCGAGUCACUCAGGCGUGUGAAGGACGCCGUUGACGAGGUGGCUGCCGGCCUGGAGUGCGGUGUGGGCGUGGAGGGCUUCACGGCCUUCAAUGAGGGCGACACCCUGGAGUGCUUCCAGGUGGUGACCAAGAGCCAGAGGCUCGAGGAGGCCAAGGCCGCGUCCAUAGACGCGUCAGCCUAUGAGACGGCCUGA